ACCCGGUAAAGGCCGAACUCCGAACUCGGAGUACCGAACUGCAGGGGAACGAGCCCCUUUUCUCAGAUGUCUUCUCCGGCGGAGCAGCAAACCGGCAUGAAACGCAAGCUUUACGAGUCCUCUUCCGAGCCUUCUCAGAGGCCUAUGGCGGCCUUCCCUCUAUCGCAGGAGGAGAUCAUUCGGCGGCGGAGGAACAAGGAGGAGAUACGAAACCUCUACGAGUGCUACAAGCGAAUUAAGUUCUGCGUCUCCCGGAAGGACCUUCGCCUCACGGCCGACUUUGAGCAGGCAUAUCUUUCUCUUAUCACCGCCUCCAGAGGUUGCAUGAGCGCACAACGGAUUGUUGCUGAACUCAUUCCUCAUUAUGCUGCUUUCUGUCCCACUGCUUUGGAAGCCGCAGCAACAGUUUCGAUCAACAUGUAUAAUUGGAGCUUGGCUAUACUAAUGAGAGGUGAAGAUCUUGAUGGUGUUGCAUAUCAGACUGCUAAGGCAUGCAUAUUUGGAUUGGUUGAUAUAUGCUGCACAGCUUCUCAUGAAGCCCCAACAUCAUCUGUAAUUCACGGUAUAUGUGCUGCAGUUUUUGAAAAUGUUUUAACCUUCUUCACUUCAAGCUUCGAGGGGAAGGAGAUUUAUGGUAUCGGAAGCAGGGAAGUUCUAAAGCUUCAAGGACCCAUGGAAAAUUUUUAUGUUUUGAAGCAAGAAAGGGACGAUGACAGUGAAUCUUCAUUGAGCAAGUUAUUCAAGUACGGAGCUUUUUGUUUGCUGCGCAUAUUCUUCUCUUUUCCUAAGAACUUACUUGCAGCAUGUUUUAAGCUCAUUUCUACCGGUGGAACUGAUGUCAAUUAUAAACAAGGACAGUAUUUUCUUGACCAGGUGACUAGCCCUUUGAAGGUUGCAGCAUCUCAGCCUAGCAUGGGAUGUGAAGUGUUGGAUGAAGGGAAAUGUUUGUCUGGUGACAUCGUCGCAGAUAGCGGACCAUGUUUUUCUGAAAAUUGUUUUAUGGGAAUGGUUACAAGCAGGGAGCCAUCAUUGAAGGGCUGGAUACUUGCAAGGUAUAAAAAGCUUGCAGACUUGUUAGUCAAUCGUGAUGCUCUAGAAAUAUUAUCAUUUUUGGAAAAGAUUUUUGGGUCUGCACAAGAGUUAGUUAAGGAUGCAACCUAUGAAUUGAGUGAUGAAGAGAACUCUGAUUCAUCAAAUAAUGUGCAUCGCUAUGGGCUUUAUAAUAAAGCCAUUUAUGAUGAUAAUGUCAGUGAUUUAUCUAGGAGGGAUCAUGCUUCAGAACUUCAGGGUACCUCUCUUAGCAAGGCACAAUUUGUGGAUUCCAUCACUCCUGAAAGUUCAAGUCAAAAUUUGAAGACACGCAAGACUGAACACCUUUUAGAGGAUUCACUCAAGACUGCUCAACUAUUAGCUAAUCAAGGCUUGGUUGGUGAAGAAGAAAGGGCCAUAUCUAUGAGUAAGCCAGAAAGUAGUAAUUUUGAAGAUUCACUAUCAAGCAAAUCAUCUUCUGCAAAGGGCUCGAUUAGCAACCUUUUUGUCCCUCCUAUCUCUAGCAGUCUCCCUACUAUCAGAAUGGAUGCCUCAACUGUUGAAACCCAUGCUGUUAAAUGAAUGUCAGGUCCUGUAGCCACACAAAGCAUUCCGUCUCCUAGAGAGACUUUGACUGCACAUCAUGAUACUUCUUUUGAUCAUUUAAUUUGGCACACUGAUGGGGAUCCUGCUGCCAUGGAUGUUUUCUAUGCUUCCAAGCUAUUAUGGUUAGGUUCUCUGGGUUUUCGUGCUUCUGAAACUUCAGUUAGACAGCAGUUUGAAAACUUUGGUCAUCUCGAACAAUUUAUUUUUCUUCCUGUCAAGAAUUUUGCUUUAGUUGAGUACAGGAACUUAAUGGAUGCUAUCAAGGCACGGAAAUAUAUGCAAGGAUCCUCACAAUGGGGUGGCUUCGUUAAAAUAAAAUUUGUUGACAUAGCAAUAGGUAGUAGAGGAGUUAUCAACAGUGUAACUAUUGGUGAAAAUUGUCAUGUAUAUGUAGGGAAGGUGCCAAACCAGUUGAGUAAAGAAGAGAUACUCAAUGGAUUGAUAAGAAAUGGCUUUAGAAGUCCCCAGGUGGUUACUGAUCUUACUAGUGAAAAUGCAUUGCUUUUGGAAUUUGGAACUGCUGAUGAAGCAGCCGCUGUAAUAGCACAUCUCAGACAUCUACGUGAAGAGACCAAGCUGCAAAAGCUGCCAAACAAAAGCUUAAUUUACCCAGAAGAUAGGUUAAGGCUGCAUUUGAUGUGUUUCCUUGAUGAAAACUCUGAUGGCUUGGGUUUUGGUUCUUGGUUGAGCUCGGUUUUGGCCUUGUUUCUUGCUGGGCUCGGUUUGGCUCUAAUGUGGGCUGUGUUGGCUCGUUUUGGCCUUGUUGAGCUUGGUUUAGCUCUAGUGGGGAGCUGUGUUUGGUUUCUGCUUCUUGUCGAGGGCUGUGUUGCUUUGUUCAGCCUUUACCCGAGGAAUAGUUGGGAGGUGGCUUUGCUGGCUUUGGUUCCUACUCCUUACCCGGUUUUCUCUUUUGAAGUUUUUGCGAUGGCGUUUCCGGCGCUCACCUUUUCCUACAACUUACCAACGAGCCGUAACUCCCGUAUAGUUACCCCCAUCUUUAAGUUUGGGGCAGGAUUUGAGGAUCUCGAGGUCAUCCUCGGGAAAGCCCCGUUCGUGGUCGUGAAAGUCUCCACCCCAGAAGUUCAAGAACCGUUUGCUGAGUUUAACCUGAAUUGCCUACAGGAUUUCCCUUCUUACAAGAAGGAAAAGACUAUUACCACCACGAUGUCUACUAAGCCUGACUUUCCCGCUCUUGCUAAGGGAAAAGAGGUUAUGAUCUUCGAUAGUCCAAGUGAGGAGUUCACCGUCCCGCCGUCAGUGUUCGAAAUUGGGUCGAGUUCGGAAGUUGCGCCGUUAACACGGUCACAAAAGAGAAACCGUAGCCGAAAAGUUCGCAAAACUGCUGAGGUUCAGAUUUCUGAAGAUAUGACUAUUGUUGCUGCUUUACCGUUAGCUCAUGGACAUGGUGGAAAGAGGAAGAAGUCUACUCCUCUCACUAGAGUCAGUACAGUGUUUCGGAGACUAGCUGCCAAAGAGGGUUGUUCAGUCAGUGAAUUGCUUAAGUGGAUGGGAUGUGCAGUCUCCCCUCGCGUGAAGAAAGAAAUACUAAAGGACGUCAGAUCUUUUGAAGGAUUACCUUCUCGCAUUCUCGUCAAGUGCUUUUUCGGGAACAAAAUUGACACUAUCACCACCACUGGGUUCGCAGGCUGUCGAUCGAUUAAGUCACGACCGGGUCCGAGAGUUUUACUGAUUACCAACCAUAAAGAUGUUCCUAAGACCUCAAAGGAAAGGAUAAGCAGGUUGCCUAGUACUGUAUCCGGUCUUCAUCAUGGGGAGCAUGCCUCUCUUCGACAUGCCAAUGUUUCUGUUGAGACACCCCGUCUCAAAACAUCACCAUCAAGAAAAGAGGUGUGGAUACCCAGGGUUGUUGCACCAAUACGAUCUAAAGCCUCCGCUCCGGACCUCAAAGUGAUACGAGGGGCAAUAAUUGAAAAAAAGGUCGAAAGACUUGGGGCCGAGAUUUCGGAACUAGCUCGAGAACGUGGAAUUCCCGUUGUUGAUGAAGAUAAAAACUCUGAAGAAUACCUUGAGGAAGACUGUAUGAAUAUUAAUGUCAUCGAAACCAGAGCAGUUACAUCUCCGCGUGACGCUCAACCUCCCACUAAAGAGAAUGUCUUAGAUGAGCUGCGUAGGGCUCUCUUCCUGAGAGAUGAAGAAAUCAGCCAAAUGAAAAAUAGAAUGGAAGAAAUGGCCGCUGUCAUGACUCCUAUGACUGCAGCUCAGGGACAAUCUCAAACACAACAGUUAGCUUCUCCAGAAAUUGACCAAUUCUAUUUAACAAUAAUUUCUUUUCUUUUGAAAUCUGAUCCUGCAUGCAGAGAUAUAGGGACUGCUUCAUAUCACAAAGAGUGCCAGUCUACUUCGGGAAGCUCAAAGGUUGCAGGGUAUUUUUCUUCUCUUGCUGAUCCUCCAACUCCGGGGGAUACUAUUGCUCGAGCCUCGCAUUCCAGUUAUUUAACUGCUAAGCCAGGGAGCGUAAUACAUGAACUGGCAUCCCCAAAGCUCAAGGUUGGUAAAUCCGACACCACAGUAUUGAAGGGCCAUGAACUGCAGUCCAAUUUGAGUGUCAAAGAGCUGGAUGUGGUAUCUAGGAAAGCUGAAGAUUUUGGUAGUAUUGUGUCCAUGGAUUUUUUAUCAUCAGAAACUCCAACAUCUUCACGCACUGCUGAGCCAGUUUGGCCAUACAAAAAAUCAGAGAGUGGACCACAACCAUUAAGCCAUGGAAUUAUGCCAUAUGUUCAUGGUGGAUCUAUGAUUCCCCCGCCAAUACAUUCUUCUUCUUCUAUUCGCCCUUUCUAUAGCUCAAAUACUACCUGGGACAAUCCUUCUCAUAACCCUUCCUAUAUGCUUCCCCAGGAUAGGCGACAUCUUAGUUCUCAAACACCUCUUCCCUUUAUACCCUCUUCAAUAACUCCACUCUCUCAAAUCCCCCCUGCUGGUUCUAUUCAAAGAUUUGACCAAGUAGUCAACACGCCAUAUUUGCCACCUUCAAUGCCACCACCUCCACCACCACCUGAUGCCCCACCUUCAUUACCUUCUUCCCCACCACCACCGCCUCCUUCUCAGCCUCCUCUGAUUCCUCCUCCUCCAACUUCCCCUCCACCAAUUUCUCAACCAAUUCACGAAACUACCAAAUUACGAUCUGGAAAAUCAGCUUUACAACAUCAGUGGCAAGGCACUCUUUCUAAAAGUGGGGUUCACUACUGCUCAUUAUAUGCAACCAGGGAAGUUUCUCUUGCUUGCAAAUAUUUAAAUGCUGCGCCUGAACCUGCAGAGUGGCCUUCAAGAUUUGAUGUAACAAAAAGAACAGACUAUCACCAUGUGAGGACUACGUUUGGCAAUACUCCGCCUCAUAGAAGAGAAGUCUGUCGAUUGCUGCCAUCUACUGCAAGUGAUCAGAAAGGGUUUAAUGAUUUUAUAUCAUACUUGAACCAAAGAGAAUGUGCUGGAGUGAUAAAAACUGCUGUGAAGUCAAUGUGGGCAAGAUUGCUUUUUAUCCUCCCUCACUCUCUAGAUUUCUGCUCAAUGUUAGGGAUUGCACCUCAGCCCUCUGAAUCCCUAAUUGCUUUGGUUUUACCUAAGGAAGCAAAUUUGGACUCGAACGUGGCUUCUGGUGUGAAUCAUUAACUGAGCAUCCGUAGAACAACGGCCCUCUUGCAUGACCACGAGCGGAGAUUUCUCAUCCAUUUAUGUGGAAAUAUAUUGCUCUGAAAUAUUUCACACAAAAUUUAGAAAUAUUCAUUAUUGGAGAAAGGGGAAUUUGUUUUCUUGAGGGAGAGGAUGAUAACUCCGUGGCUUCUAUGGAGAAUUGACAACACGUGUUCUGCUUUCUGGCAGUGAUGGAGAUCGUUGCUCGUUCAAAAAAUUUUGACUUAAGGGUAGUUGAUUUGUGUUUUGGCAAGAGCUUGUGUCUCGGCGUAACUUUUUUUUUUCAAGGAGUGCUUUGCACAAAAGCCUUACACAAUUAGGAUCAACUUUUUCUAGCUCCGUACUGGCUGAAGGUAGAACUUGGCCUUUUUUUGGUUUAGUUCUCAUUAUAUUUUUGUGCGCAUAUUUUCUUCAUUUUUAUGUAGCCAUGAUAACAAUUUUUUUUUCUUAACUAUUUUUAAGCCAUCAAAUUCCAGCUGAUGAGAUAAAUAGAACUCGGUUUAGGUUGUUCAGCUUCA